GCUGUUCGCUUCCGGAUUGGGCGGGGGCCGCAGCUGAGGGCCGCCAUGAGCCUGCAGUGGACGGCGGUGGCCACGUUCUUGUACGCGGAGGUUUUUUUGGUGCUGCUGCUCUGCGUCCCUUUCGUUUCUCCGGCCAGAUGGCAGAAGAUUUUCCGCUCCCGUCUCGUCGGCCUGGCCGUGGCCUAUGGCAACACUUUCUUCAUCGUCCUCAUCGUCAUCCUCGUGCUGCUGCUCCUCGAUGCCCUGAGGGAGACCCGUAAAUACAGCGUGGGCGAGCGGGAGGCGCUGAGCAGCAGCCCGGCCGCCCUGGAGCAUUUCCACAUGAAACUCUUCCGCGCCCAGAGGAACCUUUACCUGGCUGGAUUCGCCCUGCUGCUCUCCUUCCUCCUGAGGCGCCUGGUGACGCUGAUUUCGGCCCAGGCCGCGCUCGGCGCCUCCAGCCAGGCUUUCCGCAAGCAGGCCGAGGGCGCCAGCCAGGCCGCCCGGCAGUACCUGGAGGACAACGACGCCCUCAGGAAGCAGCUGAAGGAGUCUGGGGGGGCCCCGUCCCCCACCCGGGAUGAGAACGAGACCCUCAAGGCCAAGGUGGAGUCGCUGAAGGAGGAGCUGGAGCUCAGCAAGAAAGCCCUGGAGAAGGCGGAGAGCGAGGUGCAGGCCAUGCGGCGCCAGGCCCAGGGACUGACCCGCGAGUACGACCGGCUGCUGGAGGAGCACGCGCGGCUGCAGGCCGCGCACGACGGACCCCGCGACAAGAAGGAGGAGUGAUGGGCGUGGUCACGCCAAGCCACGCCCACCGGACAAAGCCACGCCCAUAAGCGGUUACAAACCCCGCCCCUGGACCAGGCCACGCCCCAUCACCAAAGCCACGCCCACAACUCCAUAUUUGGGAGGGGUCCGGUUUUAAACGUGGCGGUUUUGGGGACCCUCCCCCUUUUUUUUUUGGUUUUUGGGGUCCAAAUUGGGUUUUUGGGGGGUCCAAGCCUCGUUUUGGGGAGGCCGAGCCCCCCUCCCGUUCUUUUUGGGGGGGUUUUUGGGGACCCCUCCCCAUUUUUUUCUGCUUCAAUAAAAAACACCUCGGGUCGGG